AUGUUGGAAUUUGCGCCGUGGGUGUCGGCAGGCAGGCGGUCUUGGGAGCUAGCUCCGCGAUUCGGAUUGGCUGGCUGGCGCCUGGUCUAUUCUAGGGUUCCCCAUCACUUAAAAGCUCUCGAAUCUUCGUCUCCUGGGUUCGAAUUGCGACCUCCUACUAUUGUACUUGCACCGCCGGAGCAUCCUUUUGGGCCAUCCGCUGCGGCAUUUGGAGAUUCUCUUGGCCCUGGUGCGGGUUCUGUUGAGGAGUACCUACUCACUGGUCCCCUUAGGGCCGGCAUCAAAGUGCACAGCGUCCACGAGAUAAUCCGUCCUCCCGCCCAUAACUAG